AAUUUAACAUAAGCAAUGCCAAGGAGCUUUGAUUUCUCUCCAGUCUUUCCCAUCUGAACAGGGACUCCUUUCUCCUUCCUCAUUCCCCCAAAUCGAGAAUUUCAAGAUCAAAUCAAGAUUAUUGAGAACUGAAGAAUUUCGGGGCAUAUUCAAGCUUUUCCUGAAAAUCGAAUUCCAAAAUCAUUAGAUAACCAACAUGUAUAAUAACGUCGGAGCUCAACCUGGGGGACAACAGCCGCCUUUUCCUCCCCAAGCUAAUCCAUUUGGGAACACAUUCUCAGGGGCUGGUUCUGGGUUGCUUCGCAGUGGAUUGAGUGCAUAUGGAGAGAAAAUAUUUGGUUCGAGCUCAGAGUAUGUGCAAAGUAACAUAAGUAGGUAUUUUGCUGACCCGCAAUAUUAUUUCCAAGUGAAUGAUGACUACGUGAGGAACAAGUUGAAGGUUGUACUGCUUCCUUUUAUGCACCGGGGGCACUGGACGAGGAUAACAGAACCUAUGGCUGGAAAAAUCUCAUACAAACCUCCAAUUUAUGACAUCAAUGCACCAGAUCUUUACAUUCCAAUGAUGGCAUUUCUUUCCUACGUUAUGCUUGCUGGACUUUCCCUGGGCCUGAAUGGAAAGUUUAACCCAGAGACCGUAAACUGGCUGCUCAUGAAAGGAUUGGUGGGCUGGUUUUUUCAGGUUUUACUGCUCAAGGUGCCAUUAAUGUUACUCAGCAGUGGGGAAACACCAUUCUUGGAUCUUAUCGCUUACGCUGGGUAUGCAUUUACGGGCAUCUCUUUGGCUCUCCUGGGAAAACUAUUGUUGAGACACUCUUAUUAUCCCGUGUUACUCUUGACCUGCCUUAGCAUGGGAAUUUUUCUGGUGAAGACGAUGAAGAGAGUUUUGUAUGCAGAGGUGAGGAGCUAUGACUCAGGCAAACAUCAUGUGCUCUUGCUUUUGAUCGCAUUGGCUCAAUUUCCACUCUUCUUGUGGCUUGGGAAUAUUACUGUAAACUGGCUGUUUUAGCCCCAAAUAUUUAUUUGCUUGUUGUAUAGCUCUAGGUAAUACUGACUCCCUUUGUUAAGGAUUUUUGUUGUUUAUGUGGUGCAUACUUGAAGACUACGUUGUUGGGAUCAUAAUAUUUCGCUCAACCGGAUAAAAUAGGAGUGCUCAUUGUCUAUAGGAUUAAACUGUAGCCUUUAUUGUUGUUAUAAUUGAUAGGUUUUGGUAA